AUGCCAUCUGCUGAAUCUGUCCCCUCCACCUCCCUCGCCGCGAUCCAGGAUCCAAAGACGAACCUCAUCACCGCCUGCGAGCGUGAAACACCCACUCCCUCGCCUACUCAGGUGCUCGUGAAGGUCACUCAUGCCGGGGUUUGUGCCUCCGACCUCCAUUUGGCACGCAAGGACUUGCCAUACCUCCAGCCCACAGUGUCCAUUGGUGGACAUGAGGGUGUGGGAAACAUCGUCGCAUUGGGCGACGACGUCAAGGGAGACUGGCAAAUCGGUGACAAAGUUGCCGUGAGGUGGUUACACUACGUCUGUAAAGGCACUACCACCGACGCGAACGGCAACACCUGCGAACCCUGCACAACCGGCUACGAAAAUCUCUGUCCCUCCCGCAAAGUCACCGGAAAAGACAUCGAGGGGUGUUUCGCUCAAUACGCUGUCGCAGACUCCCGUUACCUCGUCCGUAUUCCGCCUAACGUCUCCGACGCCGAAGCUGCACCGAUUCUCUGCGCUGGAGUGACUGUGUACAAAGCUCUGAAGAUCUCGCAGUUGAAGGAGGGGAGCUGGGUCGCUGUUGCCGGUGCUGGAGGGGGGUUGGGACAUUUGGCGAUUCAGUAUGCGAAGGCGAUGGGGUAUAAGCCUCUUGCUCUCGAUGCUGGGAAGAAGGAGAUUUGUAUGGAGUUGGGAGCGGAGGCGUAUGUUGAUAUCAUGGAGACGAAGGACUGUGUGAAGGAUGUGCAAGACAUUACGGGAGGUGGAGCGCAUGGCGCCUUGAUCUGUGCGUCUUCUGCCAGGGCUUAUGCGGAUGCCGUCAAGUACCUUCGUAGAGCGGGUACGUUAAUCUGUAUCGGACUCCCGCCGAAGCCGUCCCCCAUCCCGGUCUUGCCGGAAGACUUCAUUGCGAGGGGAAUUAGGAUCAUGGGAACUUCGACCGGGACGUUGCCGGAUACGGUCGAGGCUUUGGAGUUCCUUGCGAGGGGGCAGAUCAAGCCGAGGAUUGAGGUCAGGGGGUUGGGAGAUGUGGAGGAGGUGUUGAAGGAGAUCGAGGGAGCGAAGGUCAAUGGGAGGAUUGUUAUUAAGAUGUAA